AUGGAGACACAUCCAAUUUUGCAUGGGUGGAUUCGUCGCGCUUCAGAUGGAAUAUGCGCGAGUUCCACAUGGGCGUCGAACGGUGUGACUGUUGCUGGAGACCAUGGUAAUGGGUCACAGCUCGAUCAAGUGAAUCCCAAUUAUUUGCAUGUUGACUAUCGUGAUGGGUCGAUAUUUGUAACUGACUGGUGGUUCGACCGAGUCGUCAAAUGGGAGAAAGGGACUUCUAGUGGGGGAAUUGUAGCCGGAGGGCAGGGUAGGGGAAAUGGGAGCCACCAGUUGGGUGGUCCUGUUGGUAUUCUGGUCGACGCGAAUGGAACAUUGAUCGUUUGCGAUGGACAGAAUAGACGUGUGCAGCGCUGGAAGAAGGGCGCUUCUAGCGGAGAGACUGUCUUGGCGAACACUUCGUGUCGAGGAGUAGCACUGGACAACGAAGGCUCACUCUAUGUAGUUGACUGGGUUCUAUUUCGCGUGAUGAAGUGGCGUGAAGAUAUAGGAGUUGUCGUUGCUGGAGGCAAUGGUCAAGGAACGAAUCUUAAUCAACUGAACAAUCCUAUCGGUCUCUUUCUGGAUCCCGAUCGAACUGUCUAUGUGGUCGAUCGAUCGAAUCAUUGUGUUACCAAGUGGGAACCAGGUACCAAAGAAGGCACCAUUGUGGCCGGAGGCAACGGCAAUGGCACUAAUUUGAACCAGCUCGAUUCUCCAACUGGGGUUGUUGUUGACACAAUGGGCACUGUCUACGUGUCUGACAGGCUUAAUCAUCGUGUCAUGCGAUGGCCGGAAGGGGCAACGUCGGGCAUCGUUAUUGCCGGGGGACAUGGUGCUGGCAAUGGUGAAAAUCAAUUGAAUGGAGGAUUCGAUUUGGCAUUUGAUGACCAAGGCAACUUAUAUGUGGCUGACGAUAGGAACUAUCGUAUCCAGAUGUUCGCGU